GCGCGUGUGAAAAAAUGAUCACCGGAAAAAUGACGUUAAUUGCAUAAAACAGAAAUCGGCAUCAGAAUUUAUAUAAUUACAGUAGUGUUGCUACAUGGUAUAAGAUUUACCGUACCGUCACCGUAACAUUAUUCUGACAUAACCUUACUUUUGACCAAACCGAUCGCCAACAAUGGAUUUACUAAAGGCAAUACGUGAAAAGCCACUGCAAAAAAUAAAAAAACUCGUCACGAAAAUACUGCCAUCAGAUUUUAAAUACAUCGGCUACGAAGCUCUAAUUCUAUCAAUGAACAACAAUAAGAAAGAUGUUACGAAAUUCCUGCUCGAAAGAAGCUGCGCAGUUAAUCAAAGCACAAAACUUCACGACACGCCUUUACACCUUGCAGUGAAACUCGGCGAUUUGGAGUUGAUAAGCAUUCUACUAAGCAGGCGAGCUUCUAUCGAGGUUGUCAAUGACGAAUUUAAUACUCCGUUGCAUCUUGCAUUCCUAACGAAUCAAUAUGAAAUCGUCGAUUUAUUAUUGUCGCAUGCAGAAAAGAUAAAUGAUUUCGGCAACUCGAAGAACAAACAUAAUCUCACGCAUUUUCACAUUGCUUGUACGAGUUCUCGUCCUCGCAUUGCGCAAAGCUAUUUGGAAGGCGGUGCUAACAUGAAUGACGCCGUUAACGAAGAUUCACCAUGCUACGCUGGCUUCACCGCUAUGUACUUUGCCGUGGAAUUCAAGUCGCUCAUCGCUAUCACAACACUCCACUCAUGUCGAAAUUCCUUUACUGACUAUCCAGAGGACUGUCCUGGUAAUACGGCCCCGCAGUUAGCAUCGCAAUCUUUAACCACUUUGUCGAUAGCUUGCCACUUGUUUGAAGAAGGCAGUCUAGACGUGAAUAAUGGUUUAAACAAUACCUUGUCGUUGUUUCAUAUGGCUUGUUUAAGAAAUGACCCAAAGGUUAUAGAAAAGUUCAUCGAAACCGGAGCCAGAGUCAAUACUCCAAUCAGCAGAAAUGCGAUGUUCUGUCCGUUUUACACGCCGUUACAUUUUGCCGUUGAGAGUAACAUCAAAGCUAACGUUGAGGUCUUGCUUAAAUAUGGAGCAGACAUCAAUAAGAUAAAUAGCUAUGCAAUGACGCCACUACAUUUGGCACUUUACAACGAAAAUUUUAAAAUCAAAAACGAUAUUGUUGAUUUGCUGUAUGCUAAGGUUAAGAAUAAGAAAGUUGACCGAGUUGAUGUCAACGGACUUAGUUAUUUACACGUCGCUUGCACAAGAAACGACAUAGAGACGGUUAAAGCUCUGCUCGAAAAGAAUAAUAACAAUCAUACGAGAAUACAUCCAAAUGAGCGUAAUUUUUCGGAUUACACACCUUUGCAUUUUAGCAUCCGUUAUGGUCAUCAAGAACUCGCGAAGUUUCUUAUCAAUAACGGCGCUACGGUCGACUCUACUUUUUUACACAUGGCUUGUGAGAUCGGUGAUGUUGGUUUCAUCGAUUUGCUGCUCAAUAAUAAGGUGAACGUCACUUCUUCGCGGGAAGUCGAUGAAAAAACUGCGUUGCACCCUCUUAUCGAGGCAUAUUUGCAUAACCAGGAUACUCACAAGUCAGUUUACAACGGAAGUGAUGUAGCGAUGACUGAAGCUGCGUGUAAAGAGGCCGAGCUGCUGAAGCGCGUAAAGGUGCUGGUGAAGAAAGGCUGCGAUGUCAAUGCUAAAGAUAAAAAUGGCAACACGGUGCUGCAUCUUGCUUGCGCAAAAAUUUGCGACGGAGGUAAGUGCGUCGUAAGUUUACUGAAGAAUGGCGCUGAUGUCAAUGUUGAGAACGAAGAGGGUAAUACGCCGUUCAACGAGUGUUUCAAGUAUGAGAAACGAUUCGAGACCGCCGAUUACGUUGUGCUCUACGAUCACGUUCAGAAAUUAAAAGACGUUGGUUUGCGGGUUAACCAAAAGAAUGAAAAGUGCUGCGAGAAAAUGUUGAGAGAAUUAAGAAGUGCUUUACACAUAGCUGUUCACCAGUCCGAGUUGCUUCGUAAACAACAAGCGAGGGCUGACGAGAUUAUAAGAAUGAAAAAUAUUAAGCUGAUCGAUAGCUUUUCAUUAUACGAUUUUUUUAAAUUGGAUCAACGAAGAGCUACGAUAUUCGUAACUAACUGUAUGCUCAGAAACACUGUUACGAAUGAGAAUUUGAAAGGUAUGUUCCCGUUGUAUGGACAAUUGCUGAAAUCUUUUUAUAGGAAGGUUAAAGACGAACCGUGUGUCGAGUAUGUGGGUAAAAGGAAAGUUAAUAAGACUUCGAGACAGGCAAGGGCUAAGAGAAUAUGUAUCUAGAGAUGAGUACUUUCUUGUUGUCUUU